AUGCGCACCUCUACCUUAACCUCAUCCGUUCUUGCCGUCGGGCUUGCGUCCGCCACUACUUCCCGUGAAAACAGUUCGGUCUGGGUAACAGAGGUGCCUGACCAUGUACGUCCCUAUGCAAUCGCGCAUUAUGAUGCAUCUGGUUGCGUGGUUGGUAACCAGCUCUAUCGUUUCCCCGUGACCGGGCCAUCUUCGGGAUAUGCCUUUUCCCUACUCCAAACAAACGCACCAGGAUCAACUGAUUUGGGGGUUCUUCCUCACAUUCACCAGGCACAUUAUGAGAAUUUCUUCAAUCUCAAAGGCCGCUACCAGCUCUGGACGGAGAAGGAUGGGGACGAUCAGACAAGAAUUUUGACAGCAGGAGACUAUGGAAGUGUACCAAUCAACACCACCCAUACUUUCCAAGUGCUCGAUCCAGACACUGAGAUUGUCGGAGUUAUCCAACCUGGAGGAUUCGAAGAUUUGUUUUACGCACUUGCAGACUCCAACUGGACUUUAGCUUCCUCACCAACCCAACCACCUUACGACCCUCUCCUCGUCGUCAGUGGCAGUGACUCUCCCCCAGCUUCAGUUAUUAGCUCUCUUCAGUCAUUCGACGUCUAUGCUAAGCUCGACUACGUUCCACGCAGCGAUACUGUAAAUGGCACUGCACCAUUAAACUCCACCUGGCACACCGGUCCAAACGCCCUCGGCGCCCAAGGUUCUCCAUACUACGUUGCAAAGGACUUCGGACCAAAAUACCUCAACGAUGCCGCUGGCUACCAAAUCAUCCAGCCAUUCGUUACUCCCGUGCAAUCCAAGGGCGACUUUUCGAUGUCUACCAUUACACUCGACCGCAAGUUGUCUAACGUCACUAUCCCAACAUCCAAAUAUGCUGGCCACGCGGCUUUCGAGGUUCUUGAGGGCAUGGUAACUGUUGAAAUGGAAGGCGAGACAUUAUCACUCAUUCAAGGAGAUGUUGUUUUCAUUCCAGGGAACACAACAUACAAGUACUAUAGCACUGUCCACUUCUCAAAAUUCUUGUUCAUUGGUGCCGGAGCUAAAGCAAUGGACACUCAACUCAUUGCUGAUGGUGCUACUUGGUCAUCCCCAAUGUGGCCUAAGUAUGCUUAA